GUGUGUGUAUGUGGGGGGGGGGGGAAGCUCGGCUCUUUUCCUCCGCCUUCUCCCACCCCUGCCUCGGUUCACGCGCCGCCGCUGUUUCCCUCACGGGCUUCCUUCCCCUCUUCCGCCGUGGCGUGGCCGGGGGGCGCCAGGUGCGCAGCCUCCCCGCGCCCCACCCGUUUUCCCGAGGAGAAUAUUCGCCGACGACGACGCUUCGUAACAUCUCCACACGUUCAAAUUCAAAGCGGGGUGUGUGUGUGUCUUGUGUGAAGGUGAACCGCGGCGGCCCCUCAUUUCCCUCGUCCACCGAAGGAGCGCCGAGGUGGUAGAAUGGGCCGCGCCGGUCCUGGAAGAAGUACAUUGAAAGCUGAAGAAGAUGAAACAGCUAAAAAGGAAAAGGAAAAGCAAUUUUAGUGUUCAGGAAACUCAAACGCUACUUAAAGAAAUCCGAAAAAGGAGAGAAGUGCUUUUUUCUAAACAAUUAAAUACAACCAUUAAUGAGAUGAAGCGGAAGGCUUGGGAGGAAAUAGCAGAAUGUGUUAAUGCUGUUGGUGAAGGAGAGCAAAGGACAGGGACAGAAGUCAAAAGGCGAUACCUCGAUUGGAGGGCCCUUAUGAAACGGAAGCGACUUAAUACCAACAUAAAGCUUGUGGGUGCUGGCUUUCACCUUCCAUCAUCUGAUUUGGAUGAUUCUCUCAACGAAGAUAUUGAUGAGAAAAUUGGGUUUCCAAUUGAAGCUGGUUUUGAAUGGCAGAAUAUUACAGACUUCAGAGAAGCAGGUGGAUCAUUAACAGAAAUAAAAGUGGAAGAAGAGGAGGAGGAUCCACAGAGUUUUGAAUUUCCUAUUGAGGAAGAAGAGGAGAUUCUGUCCUCAGUGUUGCCAGAUUCUAAAAAGGAAAGUGACCUUCCUGAUUUCACUCACAUCGAAGAGUUUGGAAAUCUAAGCUCUGCUCAAGCUAGGCUGGCCUAUGAAGAUUCUCAUCUGCUGAUUAGCCUUGAAAAACAGAAGCUGGAGUUAGAGAAACAGCGACUGGAUAUCGAAGCAGAACGCCUGCAAGUGGAGAAGGAGCGCCUGCAGAUCGAAAAAGAGCGGUUACGACACAUUGACCUGGAGCAUGAGAGGCUUCAACUGGAAAAGGAGAGAUUACAAAUAGAGCGAGAGAAACUGAGGCUUGCGGCUUUGCAUGCUGAGAAACCUGUGCUGGAAAAUGACCCCAGCCAGUCAGAAAAACCUGCCUUGCAACCUCUGGAUCUAGAAACUGAAAAACUAAAAAUUGAAAAGGAGCGCUUACAGCUCGAGAAGGAAAGGCUGCAGUUCUUGAAGUUUGAAUCAGAGAAAUUGCAAAUCGAAAAAGAACGUUUGCAAGUGGAGAAGGAGCGCCUUCGAAUUCAGAGGGAAGGGCACCUGCAAUGAACUUGGAGAAACCAUGAUUAACAAUGCUGUGCUUUGUUUGUUCUUCCCCCCUUUUUUCUUUUUGAAAGGGUAGCUUGGUUUCAGUAAAAGUGUUGGAUAGUCUGGUUGUCAAAGCAUUUCACCAUCCAAGAGAAUCCUGCUUUCCGUUGCUUUGGUACUGUGAUGCUUACAUCUUGACAGUACUUCUUUUUCUGUUGCCAGAGUUGAACAUUAAUGUGUUCAAGUUUAAAAGAAGCUAAGGAAUGGUGCUCAGUAAGUCAGUGUGCCUGUGUAAAUGGAGCUUAUGUGUGAAAUUGCAUUUCAGUGUAAGAGAAGUGUUAAAUGUCCUCUUGCAUUCUCUGUUGUAUAGAUUUGCCUCCACAUUAAGCAUCAAGGCUUAGCUGUAUCCUGUCCUUCUUAAGAGUGUUAUUCUAAAUCCAUAGGAGCUUUCAACACAAAUUUGCAUUUGAUCUAAAGGAAUGAGAUUAAAAGUAGGCCUUCUGCUUUACAUAGUGUUAACCAUGAAAGUAAUGCCUUUAAAACGAGGUGUAUUCUUCUCUAGAGAAAUGUUGAAAGGUCAGACUUUGAGGCUCUCAGUAGUUUUCCUACUCAACUAUGUUUGUUAGUAGAAAAAAGAAUAAAUGAAGCUUCAUGUAUGAAAACACAGAUUUCACCAUUUAUUUCCAAGCCAGACUUUAGAACCUCUGGCUUCUGUAGAUAGCUUUGGUGGCCCACUUUGACAUUGAAGUGUUUGAGCAGAAAUAUAUCUUGUGGGAUUUACAUAGAUUAUUUGUACAUGUCAGUUUAUUUAUAUCACUAUGUAAUUACUUUUAUUUUGCAAAUAAAAGUGUUAUUUUUUCUUACUGAAA